AUGCAAGAAACGAAGAAACAGCCUGAGAGACCCGAUACCCCUGUGAAAGACAAAGACGAAUAUGGUCUGGCUCUGUGCAUCCCGGCUAUGCCUCCCCUGCUGCACUGCCUUGCCGAUGCGGAACGGGAUGCUCUCGAGAAACGGCUAGUCAGGAAGCUUGACAUUAGGCUGAUGCCAAUGUCAGUUUUGAUUUAUAUACUAAACUACCUCGAUAGAAAUGCCAUUGCAGCCGCGAAGCUCGCUGGAAUAGAAGACGAUUUAGGCCUGUCGUCUGUCCAGUUCCAGACCUGCGUCAGUAUCCUAUUUGUCGGAUACAUCCUCAUGCAGGUUCCGUCGAAUCUCUUCCUCACUCGAGUCGGGAAGCCCGCACUAUACCUUCCUACUUGCAUGGUUCUAUGGGGGAUUCUAUGUGGCGCGAGUGGCGCGACUCAUAACUAUGGAGGGCUUUUGGCAUGUCGAUUCCUUCUGGGCUUUGUCGAAGCUGCAUACUUUCCUGGUUGCAUGGCGACUUUGAGUGCCUGGUACACGAGCAAAGAGCUUUCGUUGCGCACUGCCGUUCUCUACUGCGGAUCCUUACUAUCAGGCGCCUUUUCUGGCUUGAUUUCUGCUGGAAUAACAGAUGGCAUGGAUGGUGUCCGAGGACUCCUCGCCUGGAGAUGGCUGUUCAUUAUCGAGGGCUCCAUCACCGUCGUCGUCGCAUUCUCCGCCUACUUCGUCCUCCCCAACUUCCCCCACAACAGCAAAGGCUUCACCGAGCAAGAAAGACAAAUGGCCAUGUGGCGGCUGAACGCAGACAUGAACACGACCGAGACCGAAUCCGACACCAACGAAUCCAAAGGCCUCACCCACGGGUUCAAAUCCUGCAUCUGCGACCCCAAAACCUGGUUCCUGGUCACCAUCGCCUUCGGCUCAACCUCCAGCGGCACAAUAAGCAACUUCUUCCCAACAGUCGUCGAAGGCCUAGGCUACGACCGUAUCAGAACACUCUUGCUAACUGCACCGCCCUACCUCCUCUCCUGCCUCGUCGCCAUGGCCGUCUCCCGUAACGCAGACCGCACGGGCGAGCGAUACCUCCACCUCACACUGCCCCUCUGCGUCUCCAUCGCGGGCUUCAUAAUCUCCGCUGCAACCACGCAGAUCGCCUCGCGCUACUUCGCUAUGAUGAUCAUGCUCCCCGGUGUCUAUACAGCGUUUAUCCUAUCCAUGUCCUGGAUCGCGACUACGAUCCCGCGCCCGGCAGCGAAGAGAGCAGCUGCGUUGGCGCUGGCAAAUGCUAUUGCGAAUUGCUCGUCGAUUUACAGUCCGUAUCUUUACCCGAAUAAGGAUAAGCCGAGAUUUGUGCUUGCUAUGAGUGUUAAUGCGGGGACGGCGCUGUUGGCGAUUCUCUCUGCGACUGGGUUUAGGGGUUUGCUGAAGAGGGCGAAUAGAAGGCUGGAAGAGGAGGAGGUUGAGAUGGGGGGUGGGGUUAGGGGGUUUAGGUAUCUUGUGUAG